AUGAGAGUUGCAUUGCUGAACGAUCCAUCUGCUGAAGAUUUAUCCAAGCAAUUGUUGACUAUCGGUAAUGGUCAUGUUCCUGUCGACGAAUCGAGCGGAUUUAUUUUAUUUCCUCGGAAUUUUUGCAAUUUCGUUGCAUCGAAAGCUGAGCUCAUCAACAAAGUGUUCCCGAACAUUAUUUAUAACCACAAAAAUUACAAAUGGUUUAGUGAGCGAGCCAUUUUGGCGGCUAAGAACAAAGAUGUGGAUGACUUAAACUUCGUAAUUCAGAAUCAAAUCGUUGUUACUCUACAUUCAUUCAAAUCUAUUGACUGUGUAACAAACGAAGACGAAGUCGCCAACUAUCCAUCUGAAUUUUUAAACUCCUUGGAUGUGCCUGGCUUACCACCGCACAAUUUAUAG